AUGAACAAGAAAUCGCUACUUGUCGUACUAGUCGUAACUUUGGUGGCGAUACAUUCUGGCCGCAGUUACACAAUCGACAUAAGCAGGCUGCCGAGGCAAAUUCUCCCUGAUUCCUCAACGUUCGAAAAGUUGCUAGAAUAUCAUCCGUACAUCAACUUGAGUGCAGCAGACAAGUUAUAUCUGAUGAAAAUGAAAGGAAACAUAAUCUCAUCCACUACGAAUUCGGUUUUUGUAACACCUCUUUGCCAAGACAUGAAUAUCUAUCUUGUUUCCAACGGUCGCCACGUGGAGGCGGGUGUUGAGACCGUCUCCUUGUAG